AUGUCACAAGAGUUCUUAUCACACACGUUCGGAUACUCUAGUUCUAUGGGUGAUUCAGAAUGUUCAUUUUGUGUGAGCUUGAUAAGAUGUAGAGGCAGAAGAAUGCGUGACGGCUCUUUGAAACUUCAUUCAUUUUACGCCCUACAGUUUAGUUAUUCAAUCCACAUGAAAUUUCCUCUAAGGGUUAAUAUUUAUUGGUAUUAUCUAAAUAUGUUGCGGGGUUGUAAUUUUCGUGAUGUAUCUCUGAAAGAGUUUCCUAUUACUUGCAAAGCUAAGCAAGAUUUUCGCCUACGUUCUGUUUUGAUUAAAUCAUUAUUUGUUCAAUUAAACUUCAUAUUUUUACAUUAUAUGCUACAAGUUAGCUUUAAUCUUCAUCAUAAAGGGUCGUCACUGUUGCUUCGCAAUAAGUAUUCGGGUACUUACUUAUUGCAAAAUUCUCAAACAGAUUUUGACGUCAGCGGUAGAGAAAAAUAA